AUGGACAAUUUCGAGCCACACAGCCAAGAAUCCUUGAAAAGAAGGUUUCAUCAAGACAACACGACCACGCAUCAACCUCGUGAAACCACGUCAAGAACAACAUCCUUCAUGCCAAAAUCUAUUGCAACAAACCCUACCUCAAGCUCCGGAGCCGCCAGGAAAUUCUCAGGGUUUGGACUCAACAUCGACGAUGAUCUAGUUUCAUCUGUGGUUCCUCCCGUUACCAUUGUGCUCGAGGGACGUUCUAUCUGCCAACGCAUUAGCCUAGAUAAGCAUGAGAGUUAUCAAUCCUUGGCUUUGGCUCUCAGGCAAUUAUUUGUCGAUGGGGCUGAUUCGACUUUGGAGACGAAAGAUCUUGAUCUGUCCAACGCCAUCCCUGGCCAUAUUAUUGCUUAUGAAGACAUGGAGAACGAUCUCCUUCUCGCUGGUGAUCUUAGUUGGAAGGAUUUUGUUCGUGUAGCUAAGAGAAUUCGAAUCUUGCCGGUGAAAGGAAACACAAGAAAGGGUAGAAGGAACGAGUGA